AUGAAGAAGGAAUCGACCGAGAAGGACUCGAACCGGCCAGCAGUUUCCGAGGAGGCGGAACAGCUGGCAAAGGAGUUUGAGAAGGAAGAUUCCCUACAGGGCGUCGGCUUCAACCUCUUGGUGGAUCGAACCGGGCAGCUGCUCAAGGAGAAGCGGCAGGUUUCCCGCAAAGAUGUGGCAAUUGCUGCAGUUCUUCGUGGCAGCCGCAAAGGCCGCAAGCGGUACAGCGCGCAUCUGAUUGCAGAUGGUGUGCGCUUGUGGUACUACAACAAGAAGCUUACCCCACGAGGAAUAAGUGUGAAUGCCCCAUCUGUGCAAGAUUGGGCAUUGAAGAAUGGUAAUGCCAUGAGGAAAUUGGCGACGAAGUUCAAGCGCCUCACACAGCGUGCGAAAGGCUCCCGAAACAGGGCACUAUCGGAACUCAAGGGCGAGCUGGCUGACUACCUUCCCAAGCAGGAUGCAGACUCGUCUGGAGCUGAAGAAAGUGGUGAUGAUGAGGAUGCUACGGAUGAGGCGUCCGAUGGGGAAUUCGAUUCCCUCCAGGCUUUGGGUCUGUGCGAAUCUGAUGUGACAUCAGCUGUCCCAUCCCCGAGCUCCACAGUUACCAUGUCGGCUGCCAGCUCUGCAAGCUCUCGUGUGGAGAGGAGCCUCGUGAUGAAGUACCGCAAGCUCUCCGUGGCCUCGCCCUCCUCAGUGGCAUCCAAGACGAUGGCUGUAGAUGAUGGGGCUAUUUCGGAAGUUUCCACUGCAGUGAGUUCGAAUGAUGGUGCUGUAGGGGCUGCAAAGGUUGAGAAGCUUAAUGCUAUCUUCUUACGGCUGAAGCAGCAAAGCUUGAAGAAGACCCCGGACCAGAUGCGCAACACCUUUGUGGUCCCACCAGCGGUGCUGAGCAGCAUCCAGGACAUGUCCAAGAGCUUGGCCCCCGAGCCAUUCCUGCCGAGUUCCCAGUGGAAGGGGGAGUACGAGAGCGAUCAUGAAGAUGUGGAGCAGGAGGAUUGCGAGCCGAUUCAGGAUGCUGAGCCUAAGGCAACAGCCAAGGCUAUGGCUAAAAGGAAGGCCAUGGCUGUCCGGGAUGCUGCUGCCCCACCUAAAGUGAGGAUCGAGGUUGAUGCUCCGCAUGGGGAUUGCGAUUAUGUGCCCGGCGAGUUUCGGAAGAGGAAGAAAGCCUAUUGUCGGGAGUGCACGGAGGAGGGGUACCUGAAUUAUUGGGAAGCCCUUCAGGCUUGGAACUUCAGUGAUGAGAGGGCGCAGUUGUUGAGCAACCUUUCGCCCAGCGAGCUCAGUCGCCGAAGGUUCGACUGA